AUGGUCGAACAAGCAGACAGAACCAGACCCAGAGCACUGACAGCCGACCAACUUCGAGCGUGCUGGAGACUCUUAGGUGACGAUGAAGAAAAGGAAAGAUCAUUAGGAAGGACUUUGCAAAUGGAGGAACUACUUCCUCAAGUCGCAAAAAAUGACAAGAGCUGGACGCUUUCCGCUAUACCCACAACUUAUCCCAUCCUUAGAACAUCUUAUGACAUCUGCUCGACUGCACAAAUUAUCGAAAGACAAUCUAUGAGGACCUUUAAGCUCAGCAUCCUCCGAGACAUCGUCACAGGUGUUUAUCAAGACUAUCAUGGGACAGUCAAACAUCAGAGGUUCAAAGGAAUGUUGACAAGCUGGCUGGGAGAAGAUCGAGUUGAAUUACCUGAUUUUGAAGUAUGUUUGACGGAUGCGGUUACAAAGAAAGACCAAGGUAACGAUUUGUUCCGAAAAGGCAAUUAUAUUAGGGCUUUGGGUAUCUACGUCGAGGCAUGGGGAUGCCUUAUACCUUAUCACAUCCAUGCGUUUCCUACUUCAGAUACGAACGUUCUUCUUUAUGGUAAUCUUGAGAGUAGACUUUUCAACAAUAUGCUGAUCUCACUUAUCAAAUGGUGCGAGACCGAUUCACUGCUCAAUGAAUCGUCAAAAUACGCUUUAUGGGGCUUAUCGCUCAGCUGUGGUCAGAUCGCUACCGAACCUAUCCAAGCGGCUACAUUCGAUGUCGGUACCUUUCUCAAGGCAUGUCAAAGAAUUAUAUGCGUCUCCAAUAAGCUUAAAGAUUAUCCAGACCAUCCGCUCAAAGGACAUUAUGCCCUUGAGCCGAAGAUGAUUGAGCAUUUCGAGUUCUUCAUUGACCAUUUGAAGAACGCUCCCAGCUACUAG